AUGAUGGAGCGUUCUGGCCUGGCUGCUGCCUCGACGAGCGGCUCGCGCGUGACCGGCACCCGUGCCUUUGCCACUUCCUCCACCCCCGGCCUUCACCUGAGCCUCACCGGCAAGACUGCCCUCGUCACCGGCUCCACCCAAGGUAUUGGGCUGGGUAUUGCCGAGGAGCUGCGCAAGGGCGGCGUGGCGCUGGUGGUGACGGGCUUCGGCGACGCCGCCGAGGUCGAGCGCACCCGCCAGCGAUUGGCCGACCUCAUCCCCGGCGACGACCGCGUCCACUACGUGCCCGCCGAUCUCGGCAAGGUAGCCGAGGACGUGGAGCAUCUGAUCAAGGAGAGCGAGAAGAAGCUGGGCGGCCCCAUCGACAUCGUCGUCAACAACGCCGGCAUUCAGCACUUGUCGCCGAUUGAGGACUUCCCGGUGGAGAAGUGGAACCAGAUCAUCGAGAUCAACCUCAACUCGGUCUUCCACACCAUGCGACUCACCCUCCCCGCCAUGAAGGAGCGCGGCUAUGGCCGCAUCAUCAACAUCUCCUCAGUACACGGAUUGGUGGGAUCGAAGCACAAGGCCGCGUACGUGGCUGCCAAGCACGGCGUCGUGGGACUCACCAAGGUGGCGGCGUUGGAGUACGCUGGGUCGGGCGUGACGAUCAACUGCAUCAACCCCGGUUGGGUGCUCACCGAUCUCGUCCGCAAGCAGAUCGAGGCGCGAGCGGAGUCGCUGGGCGUGUCGUACGACGAGGCCUCGCGAUCGCUGCUGGCCGAGAAGCAGCCCUCCGAGACCUUCGCCACCCCCUCCCAGAUUGGACAGCUCGCCGUCUUCCUCUCCUCGGACGCGGCGUCCCAAAUCACGGGCAUCUCUCUGCCAGUCGAUGGUGGCUGGACGGCCCAGUAA